AUGGCGAUGAUGAUGACUGGCCGUGUGCUGCUGGUGUGUGUCCUCUGCGUGCCGUGGUGCGGUUUAUCUGGAAUUGCGGCCGACGGUGUUGGCGGUGGCGAUGGCAGUGCAGAUGGGGAAUUACUUUUGCAGUGGCGUAAUCGGCUGCGGAGGGAAUGCGCGGAGGAGGUCAGCAGGAGGACAGGAGGCAGUGGGAAUGCGUCCGCCGUCGAUGAGUGUGUGCGUCAGGCAAUGGAGAGUGUGCGUGCCGUUGUGGAUGGCCGUCGUCGUUGGAGACGUCAACGGAUUGCUGUUGUUGCUGCUUCUGCUGCUGCGGCUGCUGCUGGAAACGGGGAUGUCAGCACGGACAAGGAUGGCCAGGCAAGGAAUAAAGAGGUUUCGCCACCCGAAAUAAAAGAUGAAAAGCCGGUGGCUUCAGGACAAGAAUCAACAGAUGCAACAAGAAGAAAGGACCAGACGACACAGGAUCCUUCAGCUGCUAUUGUGUCGCGUAAAAAACUAAUUUCCGAUCAAAAACAAGAAGAAGAUGAAGACAACGAAGAUGAAGAAGCGGAGGAAGAAGCGAAGAUACGCGAAACACCACCACCGGUAGUACCACCAGUAGCAGCAGCAGGAGGAGGAGGAGGAAUAAAACCACCCUCUGGUGCUUCUGGUCCUGCUGGUCCUGGCGCCAUUCUCACUUCGCGGUCCUCUUCUGGUGUUGAUUCUUCAUCCCGCAUUGGUGGCGAAGGGUCCACCGUCAGUAUUUCACCCAAUGCAGUUGGGAAGCCUUCAAAACAAGAUAAGGUGCCAGAAGCAAAGGAGAGUCAACACGCCCAGCCACACGAUGGAGUGGCAGCAGAUACACUCAACAACGGACUGGAACAAAACAGUUCUGCUCCAACAACAACGGGUCAGAAUUACAACGAAGUCGCCACGUUGGGUGCCGGCGGUUUACGCUCUUCGGGAGAACAAAUAACGGUAAAAGGGGGUUCAGAAGCUUCCCGAACAGACGAAUCGUCAGCUGAUCCAAAUACAAAAUUACAAGAAAGUGAAAAGACUCCAUUGAAAUCAUCACAAGCAGCAGCGAAAGAACCAAAAACUUACCACGAAGUAUUGACGUCAGUAAAAGAGGAGACAAAGAGCAAGAGCACGGAUGCAUCAGAGAAUUUACCUGAUGCAGCCGAAAGCAUUAACGAACAUCCUGCAUCCGCAGCCACUACAAUGCAGAGUACAUCAACUGGCAGUCAAGAAGCAGCAGUUACGCCGUCUUCAAAUGGAAUCCCUCCACUUCACGAGGAAACGACCACUGGAACUGACACUACUGAGAAUGCUCAACCUCCGAAAGAAACAACAGUCGAAGCCACAGCCAUGAAAAAUGGCACGGCGACGACUGGCGACAGUGACGGCAGCACCGCGGUCUCCCACACCACCUCCCCUCUUUUCCUUCUCCUUGUUGUUGCGUGUGCGGCUGCUGCUGCGGUGGUGGCCGCGUGA